GAGCUAAGUCAAAUAUUUUGACGUAGAGUGAAAGGUUACAAGCUUGGUAUCCACACAUGUGAGUUGCUGAUGUUGCGCUCCAACUACAGCGAACCACAACAAACUACUCCAGUCGUGUGCAGGUGUCGUGUCCUGAGCCGAAAUGAGGAACUUAAAGCUACUGAAGAGCCUGCAGAGUUCGGAGCUCCAAUGCCUGGGGUCGCCGCAGUGUUUGGCGCUCCGCAGCGACACCGAGACGCUCCUGGUCGCCUCCCAGUAUUCCAUAGCAGAGUUCAACCCUCAAACUGAACAGGUGAUAAGCGAGGCCUCGCUGACGGCAGACGGCUACCUCCCAACAGACGGCAGCGGCUGCGUGGUCGGGCUGCAAGACCUGGCGGAGCUUGAGUCAGCAUGUUUGGCCACGGCUGGCGGAGAUGUCAUCGUCUUUGUCUUCAACACCAGCCAGUUGGAGUGCGUCGGCAGUGUAGACAGUGGGCUGACCUCCAUGAGCUGGAGUCCUGAUGAAGAGCUCGUCAUUCUCACGACAGGUCAGGAAACCAUCAUCAUGAUGACCAAAAACUUUGAGCCCAUUACCGAGUUUGCAAUUCACCAGGAUGACUUUGGUGAAGGGAAGUUCAUCACAGUGGGCUGGGGCAAGAAAGAGACACAGUUCCACGGCUCAGAAGGCAAACAGGCUGCGCAGAGGAAGGCCCAGGACUUCAAGCCGGCGGCACAGUGGGACGAUCGCCGGCCUCGGGUGACAUGGCGAGGGGACGGACAGCUUUUUGCCGUCAGUGCCGUUUGCCCCAAUACGGGAGCCCGCAAGGUCCGGGUGUGGAACAGAGAAUGUGUCCUGCAGGCCACCAGUGAGCCCAUUGAUGGCCUGGAGCACCCUCUGUCCUGGAAACCCUCCGGAAGCCUGAUGGCAAGCACUCAGCGCCAUCCAAACAAGCACAGCGUGGUCUUUCUGGAGAAGAAUGGUCUGCUGCAUGGAGAAUUCACCGUGCCUCUCAGAAAAGACCAGGCCAAGGUGAAGGAGCUUCUGUGGAACAAUGACUCCACAGUCCUGGCCAUCUGGUUGGAGGAUUUAACAGCGGGCGAGGACGGACGCGUCAACACUUGUGUGCAGUUGUGGACGGUGGCAAACUACCACUGGUACCUGAAGCAGAGCCUGGAUUUCGGCACAGACCCAAGCCAUGCUCCGGAGUGCAUGUGCUGGGACCCUGAGCGGGCCCUGCGGCUGCACAUGGCCACCCGCAAUUGGAUCUACCUGGCCUACGACUGGGGCUGGACGACAGAGAGGAGCCCGGGCACGGAUGCCUCGGACCACGCCAACGUCGCUGUGAUUGACGGAGACAAGAUUCUGGUGACCACCUUCAGACAUAGCAUUGUUCCUCCACCCAUGUGUUCGUUUGAGCUCCAGCUCAGCUCACCUGUCAAUCAGGUAACCUUCCUCUGCCAGCCUCAGAGGACCAAUCAGCUGGCGGCACUUACCGCAAAUGGAAACAUAACCAUCUACGACCAAGAUUCUGGAGGAGAACCUGAUAAAGUUCCAAAUGAAUUUAGAACUAUGAUUCGUCCCCUGGUCUUCAAGAGAACUUUCAGCACGGCCAUUCACCAAGAGGCGCCCCUGUUUCUGCGACAUUUGCUGUGGCUAAAGGACAAUCUCUUUGUGGCUGUCAGCAAGGGUUUGGUGCCCAUGUCCUCUGCCCUAAUACUGCUGCGUCCCAGCCAGGACACAGAAGCUAAUACACUCUCUGUCAGAUGUCGGCUGGAAGUGGAUGGUGUUGUGACCAACGUUGUCCACUGUUGUAGCACGCGUUUGGUGGCCCUACAGCUAGAAGACGGCCGCAUCAGGAAGUUCCUCUGGGAUUGUGCUGAUCCUUCAUUAGAGGAUUGGCGCGACUCCAGUGGGUGCAGCGUUAACUUCCCCGUGCCCUGCACUCAGAUGGCUCUCUGCAGCGUGGAUGGCCAGGAGUGUGUCCUGGGCCUGACAGACAGAUCUCACCUGUACGCAGCUGACAUGGAACUCGCCUCCAACGUGUCGUCCUUCAUCGUCUGUGACGACUUCCUGGUGGUCACCACGCACUCGCACACAUGCCGCUGCCUCCAACUGAGCAAGCUCAGCGUUAAAGCGCUGCAAGCAGCCUUGGCCCAGGACGGCGGGCAGAACGAUGAGACCCUACGACGGGUGGAGCGGGGUUCUCGUGUGGUCACAGUGGUGCCACAAGACACGCGAGUGGUCUUACAGAUGCCACGUGGGAAUUUGGAGACUGUCCACCAUCGGGCUCUGGUGCUGGCGCAGCUCAGGCAAUGGCUGGAUGAUUUGAGGUUCAGGGAAGCUUUUGAGUGUAUGAGGAAACUGCGCAUCAACCUCAACCUCAUUUAUGACCACAACCCAAAGGUCUUCCUCGAGAACACACACACGUUCCUCACGCAGGUCAACUCCAUCAACAACAUCAAUCUGUUCCUCACAGAGCUCAGGGAGGAGGACACCACGAGCAGUAUGUAUCCUCGCCCCGGAGGAUGCCCGCAGCUCCAGCAGUCACCGCACGCCUCUGGAUGCAAGAAGGUGGAUGUGGUGUGCGAUGCUAUUCGCAAAACAAUGGAGGACACAGACCCCAACAAGUUCUGUCUCUCCAUCCUAACGGCGCACGUGAAGAAGUCAAUUCCUGAGCUAGAGAUUGCCCUGCAGAAAGUCCACGAGCUUCGAGUGAACCCCCCUGAAGGAGACGGUGGCGUGAAUGCCGAGGAGGCACUGAAGUACCUCCUCUUCCUCGUCAACGUCAACGAUUUGUACGAACACUCACUCGGCACGUACGACUUCGACCUGGUGCUUAUGGUCGCCGAGAAAUCACAGAAGGACCCAAAAGAAUACCUCCCAUUCUUAAACAUGCUGAAGAGCCUGGAGGUCAACUACCAGCGCUACACGAUUGACAAACACCUGAGACGUUACUGCAAGGCGCUAGUGCACCUCAGCAACUCUGGAGAUGAGCAUUUUCCAGAAGUUUUACAGUUGGUGAAGGAGCAGAAACUUUACAGCCAAGCUCUGCGUCUGUACUCGGCCGACGGUGCUCACUACAAGGCACUGAGCCGUGCCUACGCCAAGCACCUACUAGAACAGCAGCAGGCAGAACAGGCUGGCCUGCUGCUGUGGAGAUGUGGCGAGCUCGACAGCGCCCUGCAGGCCUUCGCCACCGGCGCCAGCUGGAGAAACGCUGUCUGUGUGGCGCAGCAGAUCCCGCUGUCCAACGACAGGCUUGCCCUGCUGGCCCGAGAACUGGCAGGAAAGCUGAGCGGACAGCGACGCUAUGCGGAAGCAGCCAUGUUGCUGGACCAGUACGCCAAAGACUGUGAGGAGGCCAUAUCGACGCUGAUUUCCGGUGCGGCCUGGGAGGAAGCGCUACGACUGAUACACAUGUACGACAGAGCGGACAUCACAGAGACAGACCUGAAACCAGCCCUGGUUGAAGCUGCCUUAGCACAGACUUUCCUGGUGGAGACGCAGGCGGCCGCCUUCUUGCGCCACCGCUCACGCUUGGCGCUGGUACGGCAGCAGAAAGAGGACAAAGCCCGGCGGAUGGGCGUGCUGGAUGAGGACGGUCCUGACUGCGUGGACGCUGAACUUUACUCCGAGGCCAGCAGCGUCAUGAGCGCGUCCAAGUACUCGCACAGCAACUCGCGUGUCUCCUCGAGGUCUUCCAAAAACCGCCGCAAGGCUGAGAGAAAGAAGCUGAGUCUGAAGGAAGGAAAUCCCAAGGAAGAAAAAGCGCUCAUGUACGCCCUAGGAGAGAUCAUCACCAGCGUGGACAAAAUGAGAGAGGAGAUUCAGGCGCUGCUCAAGGCUCUCGUGCUCUUCCGCUUCGACAAGCAAGCCGAUGAGCUGCGGCUCGUCUUUCAAGAAGCGCUGCAUGCCAUGGAGGAGGCCAUCCCGGAAGUGUGGCCUCAGGACACGCACAGCAGCCACGCACCGCUGACGGGACCCGACUCAACGGCCAACAGCAUCAUGGCUUCCUUCCAGCAACAGCAGGCUUCGCUAACAUCACAACAAGAUAUCGAGAUCUUUACUCCGCCUACCAUGAGAACCGGAGUCGAGUGGAAUCUGGACUUUUGAGCUCAACCCUUUUUUUUUUUUUUGUAAUAUAAAAUAAAAUAAAAAUUAUGUAAAAGA